GAAAGACAGAGAAGCUGUUUGUUUUUUAAUACUUAACAUUAUAGGAGAAGCAAUGCAUAACUAGGAUUGCCACCCUGAGGGUGAGUUGAAACUGUUUCAUUGUUGAGUGAAUAACACGUCUUGUUUUGCUUGAUUAGUUGUUUCUCAAUUCAUGGUUUGAUCGGUGUAUGUCAUCCGCUUUCUCCGCCCAUCUGUCAAUUUGGUAUUAUUCCUCAAACGAUAUCAAAAUGACUGGGACGUUCAUCUGAGAUCAAGAACUCUUCGAGAUAUUGCUGAGUGGUCUGCCCAUGUCGAGUCCACGAGCCAGCAAUCCGGAGCCGUGCCUGCUGACGUCAUUGUCGAGAAAAGGAAGCUCCACCGUUGGUGCCAGCGAGAAAGUGACCCGAAGUGAAGAUUGCGAUUCUGGGACGGUCGCUUUAGCCAAAAUGAAAAUUUCGGCCACCACGGUUGCUGGAGAAGUAGGAUUAUCAUCAGAACGAGGAGGCCAGAGUAAAAUGUUGGAUGUGGGAGCAGUUCGCAAAACUGAAGCGUCACCAUCUGGGAAAAAAGCAACUUCACCAUGGCUCAGCUUGCUUUGCUUUGUGUGCCUCUCAGUUCAAAAUGCGUCCAUAGUACUGCUCACGAGGUGGCUCAAAAUCAAUCGCCCGCAUCUUGUUGGACCAUCUGAAGAUACUUUGAUUGUGGUGGGUGGUGAGUUGGUAAAAUUCGCUACGAGCUUAGCAGUGGUUGCGGCCCAGGUCAUACUGGGAGAUGGGCUCAGCGAUUCUUCGAACGCCGAGAAAAAAACAGACGGCGAUGUGGUCAAUGAAAUUAGUACCGAACAAAGCUCCUCAAGAGAAAGCUUAGGGCUAGGAUGGAGACGGCGCUAUCAUCGAUUAGUGGGACGAGAGCUUUUCAACUUGCGCGAGUUUGCACAUAUGGCUGUGCCCGCUGUUAUCUAUGUGGUUCAGAACAAGUUGAUUUUUCUGAGCUACGGCAAGCUUCCGUCCCCUAUUUUUCAGGUCACAUACCAAAGUAAAAUCCUCACUGCGGCGUUAAUGGCGAGGCUACUGUUAAAGCAAAUCCUGACUAGGCGAAAGUGGAUCGCGCUCUUAAGGCGGUUAGAAGACUACAAGCAUGCACACCUAUCACUUGUCGUAGGCUAUCGUAGACUGUGAUCAGUGGCUGUCGUAGGCCAUGCUCGGAACGGAGGGUACGCAGUCUAUGUAGUGAGGCGGACGGUUUUCCGCAUUGCAGUAGUCUGCCUCAGCUCCUAACUUUGACCAUCAUAGAAUCGACUGAUCAAAAAUUUUAGCGUACUCUAUGGGGGGUUAGCCCCGUGCGUCGCCGGCAGCUUCUCGGAUAAACAUGCAAGGUUUUCCCUUUCGGAUAAGCAUGGCACUACAAAAAGAAAAAGUCAUGAGUCUGGGGCCUUAAGUUCCACCUAGGGCCCAAAAAAUAACUAAUGGCAAUUUGAUUAUGCGGACAUCGUUCCGCGGCCCACAAAGUUAAGCACUCACAAUUAGCGCGUAAUGGGGAGACGGACAUCGUUCGCGGUGGCAGGUACCAGGUAAGUAAUUUAUCCUGCCUUUGCUCCUAGGUUUGACCCUUUUAAAAUCGUGGGGGCAUUAGCGUCGUUGUUAAGGAGAUUAAGAACUCCCCCCUAUGCCGGUAUCCACGCGGAAAGUGCGCAGGUAGGUUUUGACUUAUCGGAACUCGCUCGCACUACAAAGAGAAAAAAACGCAAAAAAAUGCAAAAAACAAAAGUCACGCCAUUGAAUUGAAUUGCGUCACCAUCUCAAAGUGCUAAAGAUGCAUGUUUGCUAGUAAGUACCUCCCUCCUCCCUCUAAUACUAGUCCUCCUGAUGACAGGGAUAACGAUAGUGCAGGUGGAUGGCCAUGCCUUUAUUCAGAGCCUGUCGGAGAAGGACAGGUCGAGCGUAGACUAUGGCUUAGGGCUAGCCGCUGCUUUUGCUGCCGUAAUGUGCUCGGGACUUGGCGGUGUUUACUUCGAGAUGGUGCUUAAAGGAAGUCAGGUAUUUACUUUGCGGAGGAAAAUUUUUAUCAUGUUGUUGGUCGAUACAUUUCUGAAGUUUAAGGAAUUCAGCUUUAGUUUAAUCAAUGCCAGAUUGAUGAUAUGAUGAGAUUUCCGUAGCACCUAAAAAACUACUUUUUUGAAAAUUGUAGCACUAAGAACACGCUCGACAGGUAAAUCUCUGGGUGCGAAAUGUACACCUGGCGCUUGUCAGCGUCGGAGUGGGGAUGGUAAGUGAUGCGGUGCAUGAUAUGAUAUCACCCCGUCGUGCAUCUGCUGCAACAUCGAUACAGCGAGCGCCGAGACUCACGCUAGAUUUGAGCGGAAUGAGCUUGGUUGACAAGGGUAUUAGCGAGGCAGCUGAUUUUUUUGCUCGGCUGGCCUCCGCAGACGCCCUUGUUUUUAUGGAGAAACAACUGUGAAUUUUCUCAGAAAAAAUUGUCUUUAUACCAAAGCUAACUACACGAGGACGAAUACAUGAAAGAAUCACUCUACUUUUUCUCUUGUGUAUUGAAAUGAAUUUACCCAAGAAGGGCCCUGAAUCUUGAGCAACCAUUUUGAUGCUCCUUACAACACUCAGCCUCCUUCAUAUCUCGGUACGUGAUUCUACUUCACUGCUACGGUGGACUGCUCGUGAGCUUGCUGAUCAAAUACACGGACACUAUUGUCAAGGCCUUUGCAGCAGCAGUUGCGAUUUUAGUUGCUUCGCUUGCUUCUCUGGUGCUUUUUCCGGAUUUUCAACUCAGUUCGAGUUUCAUGGUUGGUUUUUCACUUGUUGCCUACAGCAUUUACAUGUAUUCAAACUGAAAGAAAAACGUGCGAUAUCAGCAGGCAGCGGAUAAUGCAGCUUCUAUUUUCUAGCAUAAAAUGUAGAUACUGAUUCACAUGAAGGAGAUCUUCAACGUACUUUGUGGCGUGCGCAAGGAACAUCGACGACAUGAAUAUGCUUGAAGGACAGCACGCGUUGCUGGUCGCUUGCUUAUGGUCCGUGCCUGGGGCUGGUAGGAAGACUGCGUAAGAUGAGAGACUUCACUGUGGGGAGAGUAAACCGAAU